CAACCGGCUGCAAAAGACCAGAGAUUGAGAACGGAAGAACGACCGGGCUGGAGACUGUGUACAGACUCACAGACAUCGUUGUCUUCGAAUGUGAUUUUGGUUACGCCUUGAAGGGCUCUCCAGAGUCUCAGUGCCAGUUUGGGGGCGUAUGGGACCCUCCUGUCCCCAUCUGUGAAAAGAUGCCACAGUGUCCUUCCCCUCCAAAUAUCAAAAAUGGCCAUCUUGAGAAGAAGGAUGUGAAAGUGUUCAUCCCUGGAAUGUCAGUGAAGUACUACUGUGACCCAGGGUACGUCCUCACUGGGAAAACAACAGUUUCUUGUUUGAAAUCUGGAACCUGGAGCAUCCCGUAUCCCCGCUGUGAAGUGAUCACCUGCAAAAGCCCCAGCAUCCAGAACGGAGACGUGGCCAACGGACAGAGCGCUGUGUACCAUCCUGGGGCCAACGUCACUUUCCAGUGCCGCCCGGGCUACAUGCUGCGGGGCAGCUGGGCAGCCAAGUGCCAGCCCGACGGCCACUGGGCGCCCGCGGUCCCCACCUGCGAGCCAGUGCUGCCAUGUCCUCCACCUCCCGUCAUCGCCCACGCCACGCACAGCGCGGAGCUCGGGGCAAACUUCACCAGCGGCAUGUCCGUCAGCUACAGCUGCCAGCCUGGCUUCUCCCUGCUCGGAGACCCCUCCGUCUCGUGCACAGCCUCCGGGAACUGGAGCCUCCCGUACCCACGCUGCGCAGGUGGCUGUGGUGCACCUCCCAACUUAACCUUUGCGGAGCUCCCUGAGGAAUACAGAAACCUGACGGAGUUUGCUGUUGGGGACACUGUGCGAUACAGCUGCCAGCCCGGAUUCAUGAGACACCCCGGAGCAUCCCCAACUCUGACAUGCCUCAAAAACCACACGUGGUCUGAAGCGCUAGCGUUCUGCAAAAGCACCGACUGGUUGGACAUCCUCAUAGGCGAUGUGAGAUUUUUGGACCAGAUGUCGCAUGGAGUGGUCUUCUUCCCAUUUGUCAGAGGUGAGUGCCAGCACUCCGACUUGUUAGCACUGCAGAUUCCUCCCGACUGCUCCUACCCACUCACAGAAGCCAAAGUUGGCUUUAUUUUUCCUGUUUGCUUCAACUACUUCAAGGAGAAGCCAGAAAUUUUUCCGUUUAUUUAUGCCACUCUUCUCACACAAGAGAUGAGCCAGGUUUUGGCAGUGAAGUGUCUGCCUCCUCCGAGCAUUGCUAAUGGGGAACACAGCAGCCACUUCUCGGACACUUUUGACGUAGGAGCACUUGUGCACUACCACUGCAAACACGGCUUCUCCCUCUUUGGGAAUAAGUCUGUUCAUUGUACGGCAUACGGAGUCUGGAGCCGUCCCCUUCCUCGGUGCAAAGGUGGUUCUCUACACCCUCACUGUCCACAGUUGGCUAUAUGAGUUUGGAAUGGAAAAGCAAUCAGAUUGGAGCCUCUCUCUAGGCCUGGAGACAUCAUUACAAUUGAAUGCAACACUGCUGAUGUCCCAAAAGGCCUCCACAAGUCCCAGUGCCAGCCUGAGGGCACAUGGGAUCCUUCACUCCCCAUCUAUGAUUCAGUACUGCACUGUUCCAAGCCUGCAGACAUCACUCAUGGGUCUCUCAAUGGCCCAGCAAAAGCGUUUUUCACUCCUGGAACGUGUGUAAGCUCCAUCUGUGAGCCCAGCUUCUCCCUCACUGGGACAGCAUCCAUCUAUUGCACACAAUCUGGAGCCUGGAGCCAUCCUCCUCCAGUCUGUCAAGUUGUGAAGUGCUUCCAUCCUCCACACAUCAGCAACGGGAAGCUCAAAGGCAACGUUUCUGACACUUUUUCCUAUGGAGCAUCUGUAUCCUACAGCUGCAAUCCUGGUUAUUCCCUCGUUGGGAACGCUUUCAUCAACUGCACGGUGUCAGGAACCUGGAGCCAGCCUGCUCCUCAGUGCAAAGAGAUCGCAUGUGUAUUCCCAGAAAUUCAAGGUGUUAAGAAAGCCAUAAAAGGAAAUACUUAUCGCUCUGGGACUAACAUCACUCUUGAAUGUGAUGAUGGUUACACAUUGGAAGGCAUCAGCCAGAUUCAGUGCCAAGAGGACUUCAGCUGGGACCCUCCUGUACCAGCCUGUAAACUGACGUCACACAAGUCUGGGUCAGUAGGCCUAGGAGCAGCAGCUGCAGGGGUUCUGCUUCUCCUGGGGGCAGGCAUUGUCUGGAAAAUUAUUUCUAAGCAGAAGCAAGGCUAUUAUCAUACAUAUGAAAACUACAGUUACCAAACCCCUCUGAGCCUGAUAACCGAACAGCAACGCUCAUCUCUUCCAUAG